UACAUUUUCUUCAUCUCUUGGUGAAACCUCUGUGUUCUUAGGAAAAAGUCGUACUUACACAAAGUGUUAGACCGUUGACUAUUUGAGGUGAAAUAAUUGUGUUCUUUGACAAAGCUUUAUAUCUAGGAAUUCAUACGCCCAAAGCAAUGACUGUAUUGAAAGGCGUUUGUGUUUUCUUGUCAGGGACCUGGCUGGAGGGAGUGUGAUUUAAACAACGUUAAACACAAACGGAGAGCGAGGAGGAAGAGGGGAUCGAAAUGGAAGUGGAAGACCAGGAUGGCAAAGAGGCCAAGAAACCCAACGUCAUAAAUUUUGACACCAGUCUGCCAACCUCGCAUACGUACCUGGGGGCCGACAUGGAGGAGUUCCACGGCCGGACCCUGCACGACGACGACAGCUGCCAGGUGAUCCCGGUCCUGCCGCAGGUGGCCGUGAUCCUGAUCCCGGGGCAGACCCUGCCCCUGCAGCUCUUCCGCCCGCAGGAGGUCAGCAUGGUGCGCAAUUUGAUUCAGAAGGACAGGACCUUCGCGGUCCUCGCGUACAGUAACGCGCAGGAGCGGGAAGCGCAGUUCGGGACGACGGCGGAGAUCUACGCCUACCGGGAGGAGCAGGACUUCGGGAUCGAGGUGGUGAAGGUGAAGGCGGUGGGGCGGCAGAGGUUCCGGGUCCUGGAGCUGAGGACGCAGGCCGACGGGAUCCAGCAGGCGCGGGUGCAGAUCCUGCCCGAGUGCGCGCUGCCCUCCACCAUGUCGGCCGUUCAGCUGGAGUCGCUCAGCAGGCGCCAGCUGUUCCCUGCCAAGCCCGGCUCCCGGGAGGACCGCUGCUCCUACACGUGGUGGCAGAAAUACCAGAAGAGAAAGUUUCAUUGUGCAAACCUGACUUCAUGGCCUCGCUGGCUGUAUUCCUUAUACGACGCUGAAACCUUAAUGGACAGAAUCAAGAAACAGCUACGUGAAUGGGACGAAAAUCUAAAAGAUGAUUCUCUGCCUUCAAAUCCAAUAGAUUUCUCUUACAGGGUAGCGGCUUGUCUUCCUAUUGAUGAUGUGCUAAGGAUUCAGCUCCUCAAAAUUGGUAGCGCUGUCCAGCGACUUCGCUGUGAACUAGACAUUAUGAACAAGUGUACAUCUCUUUGCUGUAAACAAUGUCAAGAAACAGAAAUAACAACCAAAAACGAAAUAUUCAGCCUGUCCCUGUGCGGGCCGAUGGCAGCCUACGUGAACCCGCACGGCUACGUGCAUGAGACGCUGACCGUGUACAAGGCCUCCAACCUGAGCCUGGCCGGCCGGCCGUCCACGGAGCACAGCUGGUUUCCCGGGUUUGCCUGGACUGUGGCCCAGUGUAAGAUCUGUGCCAGCCACAUUGGAUGGAAGUUCACAGCCACCAAAAAGGACAUGUCGCCUCAGAAGUUUUGGGGGCUGACUCGGUCCGCCCUGCUGCCCAUGAUCCCCGACACCGAAGACGAGAUGGGCCCAGACAAAGUGGUGCUGUGCCUGUGAGCAGACAGGGCCGGGGCCGGGGCUGCUCCGGACCCGCUGCAGGCGCGAGCUGAGCCAGGAGGGCGUCCGGGGAGGGGUGCGGCAGCUCCACCCCAAGGGUGCGAGGACACAGGGAGACACCAGGGAGGGGGGUGGGCGCGGUCCCGGCCGCUUGGUGCUCGGGCGCCCGCUGCCCAGACCAGGGCCCGUGGACUCGGACUCCGCGCUGCACGCCACUGGCAGGACGCGGUUCCCGCACGGAGCGCAGGCCUGGCUGGGCGGCUCCCGGGCGCAGAAGCGCACAGGCCAGUGCAGCGCGGUGCCUGCUGCUUCCCUAGGGGGCCGGGCAGUGGGCGGCGGUUAAAGCCCUGAAGGGGUUUGUUCAACUGUUAGUUUC